AUGGCUCAUACAACUGCAUCACUCGGUAAAACAGCGCAUAUCGUUCGGGAACUCAACAAUUUAUUUUCAAACACAACGAAUAUAAUACAACUGGAAAAAAUAAUUCCAAAUCUUGGCUUAGUACAAUCUUUUCUAUCAAAAUUGCACUGUAUCAUUAAUAUAUAUGAAAGACAAGGCCAUAAGAUCGAUCAACAAACGGAUUGUCUUGAACAACUAAAAGAAUUUAAAAAAAUAAUUGAAGAAAUUAUUAACAGACCUACACACGAUUUUAGAAGACUCGUAGCAAUUGGUCAUUAUGUCUCAGCAAUUCCACAAAGUUAUAAGUUACUUCUUGAAUUCGGUCAAACACUGGAAGAAAUUAAUGAAAUGAUAGCAAGGAAAGUGGAAAACAGUUUGACGGAAAAUAAGAAAGAAAUUGGUACUUUAAUCGUUCUAGGUAUUGACAAGAAAAUACCAAAUAAUAUUUACUUCGAUACGGCAAAUCCUAAUGAUAAUGGAAGGAAAUUAAAGAUUAUUGAAACAUACUAUGGUUAUUUUAUUGAAUAUAUAUUGUAUAUUAGAGAGUCAUUAGAUAUGAUGCUCAAUGAUAAUAAUUAUCGUUUAGAAUUAAAAAGGUUACAAUCAAAAUUAUUGGAAACAGAACCAUCAGACAUUGAAAAAUAUUUUGUUAAAAUUAAGUCAAAGAUGAUGAAUAAUCCAGGCUAUUCAACUGAAAUCUUACUUGAAUAUCUUGCUGAAAAUAUAAGAAUUCAUAUAAGUAUCUCGAAUAACUCCAUAAUUUAUUACAAACAUUUCAUCGAAAUAUUUCAAGUUCCACUCAAGGCAAAGUGUAUGGAAUCAUUAAGCAAUUUAACAUUUAAAUUGAACACAACACCGUUUUUAGAUUUGUUCAAAGAAGUGAACAAAGACAAUUUAGUAUUCAAAUCGAUUUAUGAUAAAGGCAUUCAAUUAUACUUAUCUGAAUAUGGAAUCGCUUCAAAUUCGCAAGAAAAUGUAUCAAACAAUCGUUCUUCUGCAACUGCAAAAGACGCUUAUGAACAAGUAAAAACAAAAUUCAAAAGUUUAUUUUCUUUCAUUUCUACGGAUAAAACUCUUCUCAAUCAACUACGAGAUUUAAUCAUCGAUGAAAAUAACUCCAUUGGUACUCAUUUUAUCCUCGGUGAUAUUUAUGGUCUGCGAAUUAGAAAUCUAGAUUUCUCUGAUGAGGAUACCGAUGUGAAAUAUUGUUUUAAUUAUCAUUUUUUUAAAUCCUUAUCAUAUCCUAAAUUAGAUGAUAUUAAUGGUUCAUCUGAAUUUAAUCAACUUUUAUUUUAUAUUCAUACAUGUGCCGAUAAAGAUGCAUUGAAAUUUACUGAUAGUGCACAUGAAGCACACCUUUGGAAAUUGAAACAGCAUUUUUCAAGUGUUUAUAAUCAUGAUAAUUCUACAAGUUUCAAUGCACUUAUUGAAUUUUUCAAAAUGUUAAUUAAUAUUGGAACAUUUAAAUUCCGUUUGGACCGUGUCAAAUUGGCUAUAUCUAAAUUAGAAAAGGAUGAUAUAAUCAAAAUAAAAGCAACUUUUUUAAAAGACUGUCUCGAUCUUAACACUCAAGGACGUGAAAUUUAUUUGCAAUUAGCACGAUCGUUUAGUAUUGAUUUAAUAAAACAUGUUAUUAUUGAUAGAACGAAAAUUAUUAAUAAAUUACGUGAAUAUAAUUCAAAUUUUAAUUUAGUUAUAAAGUAUCGAGAAACGCUAAAUGCGAGUUUUGAUAUUGAGACUGAAUUAAAUUCUGGCUUUAGUAUCCCAUAUUAUUUGUCAGCAAUAUUAACUGCUGAUCCAAACUAUAAUGAAGAAAUAAAUGGAAUUUUUAUGUCAAUUUUAUUUAAAGUUUUCACUUGUUCAUCAGAAAAUGAUAAAGAAGUCUUUCUAAAAAACAAAAAGGAUAUUCGUCAAGAAUUUAAUAAACUGCAUGAAUCAGUUAAACGAUUAAUUGUAUAUUACGAUGCAAGUGGUAAUGGUAAUUAUCGUGAUCAUUAUAAACAAUUUCGAGAUACAUCAAUUCAGCACAUCUUAGAUGGUUUUAGUGAAAAGAAUCAAGACAGUUUGAGUGAAAGAAAAGAAUGUGCAAGAGCAAUUAUCGAUAAUUUUAUAAAUUACAAUUCAAAAAAAAUCAGUCAAAUUCUUGAAAUAAAUCAAGAUUUAAAAGAUGAAGUUUUGAAUAUAUUUAAUGCAUUCAUGAAACGAAAAGAUAGCUAUAAUUCAGAAGCUUGGAGGAAAAAUACCAGUAAAUUACGUGAUCAAAUCGAUUACUUACAUGCUUAUCACCGUUAUAAAGAAAAAGAUUUUGAUGAAUGGUUUAAAAGAUUGAAUCCUGAUCAAGGCUAUAAAAUUAUUCUAGAAAAUAGAGAGACAAUCAAACAAGAUUUUCUAAUUCAUCACGAAGCAUUUGAAUCGCUUCAAAUCAAAUAUCUUCAACAUAAUCAAACGGGUGCAUUAGCUUUAAUUCAUGAUUAUUUAUCGAAACCAACUGAAAAAAAUGGUAGCUUAUUUAUUAAGAUUGGCACAGGUCAAGGUAAAUCGUUAGCAAUAGCGGAAACAGCACGACGAAUUAUUGAAAACAAUCGAAAUGCUACAAAUCCCAAAGUAUUUGUUAUAACUUGUUAUGAUCAUUUAGCAAAAAGAGAUCAUGAAAAUUAUGAAAAAUAUUACAAACAUUUUGAUAUCAGAACGAUGUAUUGUUCAUCAAGUAGUUUAACAGAAGAAUUUUGCAGUAAAGAUAUGAUCUAUGCUGAUUUAGAAACAUAUUUUUCUGUUCUAAGGAAAGAAGGACAUAAUCGGUUGGUAAAUGGGACAUUGAUAAAGUUACCGGACAUCAAGAAUACUGUUUUAAUUAUGGACGAAUUCGAUAGUCUAAUAUUAGAUUCUGAUGAAAUAAGACAAUAUGUUCAUAACUUCGAUGUUCAUAUUGAAAAUCCCAAUACAAAAUUUGAUAGACAAGAAGAUGUUGAAAAAUUAUUUGACAAGGAAUUUAUCAUUGAAUGCAAUAAAAAUUUUCCCAAAAUCUUUGAACGAUGGUGGAAAGACUUACUAGAAAAGAAGAUAAAAGAAGACAAAAAUGAACGUCAAAAGACUGUUCAAGACAGUUUGGGCAAAACUACUAAUUUUGCUACAUCUCUUUUGAAUUAUUUAAAAAAGAAUAAAAAAGCACAUUUUGUUCAUUACUAUUGGGAUCCUUUAGUAUUUUAUUCACAAUUUAAACAAGUUAUUGGCUUCUCUGGAAGUAUAGAAGAAAAACAUCUAAGUAAAUUUCAACAAUUGUUCAAUAAUGAAAGAUCACAUUAUUAUGAUAUUCCACCAUUUUUUGGUGAGACAAAUUUGAAAAACAAUCGAACGUUUUCUAAUGAUCCUGGUAAAGUUUAUGAAAACUCUCAAGAUUUUCUAUAUGCAAUAAAAAAUGAAAUUCGAGGAAAAUAUAAAGAACAACCUAUAUUGAUCUUUGCUGAUUCAUGGAAAAAACAAAAUGAAGAUGAAUCAGAUUAUGAACAAAUCCGUAAGAUACUUUUAGAAGCACAAGGGACAUUUUUAAAGGAUCGUAAAAUUAUUGAAAUUCAAACUGAAGAUGCUAUUGCUGAAAAUAUACACAAAAUUGGUAAAUUCGAUUCAAUUACUUUAGCAACACGAAUUAUUGGUCGUGGUGCUGAUAUUAAAGUAGAUAAAAGUAUCAAGAAAGGUUUACAUUUGUUAUUAACAUAUUAUCCACCACGAGAAAAUAUUUUUAUUCAAAUGCUCGGUCGAACUGCCAGACAAGAUGAAAAAGGUUCUUAUUCAAUCAUUGUUCGAAAAGAUAAAAAAUUUGUUGAAGUUGCAGAUGUUGUCGUUAGUCCGUAUAACAAAAUAAUUCAUGAAUUAACAGAAUAUUUUUAUCGUAGUUAUACUUCACCAUCGAACAACUCAAAUGUUGCAUUGAAAUGGGUUUUGUUUUCUGAAUUAAUACGAACUAUGAAUUCAGCAGAGAUUAAAAACUAUAAGUUAGAACAAUUACAAGAAUUCAUUAAAAGAAAUAUUUUAUAA